UAUAUUAUAAGUGAUAAGUUAAAAUCGCUGAUUAAGUUUAAUCGGAGUUUAAUCGAAGUAGCUAUCUUUGAUAUCACCUCGAACAUUUUCUAAAUUUCCGCGCUUUUUUUGCGCUAGCAGCGCCACAAAUCGGGAAAAUUCGAAGACUCGACUAGGUUCGAAUUUGAAUGACCAAUCGCGCCCUUGAAAUAGAGCGGUCUCUAUAUGAUAAUAGGUCAAAUACUCUACGCAUAUAUUUUUAAUGUUUACUUCAGUAAGUAGGUUAGAAUGUGUGUGCAAGUAGUUUAGCAAAGUAAAAAGAUAAGGUGCAUACGCAUAAAUGUAUUAAUGCCGAUAUCUAAAUUAAUUAUAUGUCUUUUCGUGCAGUACAUUUUCGCAAGAUUUAAUAUUUUAUGUGAAAAGUAAUAUCAUUUCUAUAUAGUUACAUUCACUUUAUUAACGUUACUUCACAUUGAACAGCAUUUAUGUAUUAAUACGCACAAAAGUCUUCGAGAGAAAGACGCUAAAUAUUAAAUCGCUUAUUAAAUUUGAAAUCUUUAAUCGUUAUUCAAUAUUAAAUAUUAAAUCGCUUUUUUGUAAACAUGGAAAAUUUCGCCACAGUUACGGCUGUUCCAAAUCCUCGAAAUCUCAGUGAAUAUUACCGAAACCUAUUACAACAAUUUAGUAGCUGUCACACACCGAACGGGGACAUCAGCGACCCGGGCUGGGUCAUUUAUCGUCCUAAAGAGCAGUACGCCGAACAAUCAUCUAAAAAAAGCAAUGGAAAAUCGCGGGAACAAGCGCAGCUUAUACCAGGUGUGCCGUAUAUACGGGCUUCCGAAAUAUUCGAAAUCGGAAGUGUGGUGGGCACUGAGAGCCAAUUUCUCGAGCUAGUAUCUGCAGAAUGGCACAAUAUGAAGGUGACACUGAAGAGAAAUAUCUUUCCAUCAUGCCACGAUGCAAUAAAGAGAGAAGUAGAAGUUCUUAGGGAAAUUCGCCAUCCUAACAUAUUGUUAUUGAUGGGCACAACACACACAAAUGCGCACAAUCUUGUUUCCAUCUUCGAAUCUGUCGAUUGCACAUUACAUAGUUAUAUACAUGAGCGAGGCGAACGAAUGAAUACACAAGGAAUCAUGCAAAUCGGCAUGAAAUUGGCGGAUAUAUUAAAAUAUUGCCAUAUGCGCGGAUAUAUCCACACAGCGGUCAGUUCGCGUUGCGUUUACUUUACAUCCAACAACAAUGUCAAACUUGGUGGAUGGGAAAUGGCUGUAGAAAUGGGAAUCCCUUAUCAAUUUCGCGAAUACGAAAAAUAUUUGCGAUUAGAGAAUUUGAAAUGGGAACCACCGGGAACUUGUUAUGGAGAAUAUCAUAAUAAAAAGAUCGAUGUUUACAGCUUGAUGUUGUUAAUUUGGGAAAUGUGCACAGGAUGUGUACCACGAAGCGGGUAUAAUCGUCCAAAUGUAGAACGACAUUACAUGAUACGCAAACGCGAUGUUAUUGUAAGCUUGCAGAAUGUCCCACCGAUUCUCCAUGAUUUAUUAGAAACUGGAUUGCACCCAGAUGAGACGAAAAUGACAUUAGACAUGGAAAAAAUAGGAAGGAGACUUCAUCGGCUGCUGAUGAUACAUGAAGAAGAAGAGAAGAAUAGCACAUGUAAAUGCGCAGACAACAGUAAUGAUCUUUUGUAUAAUGAUAAUAAUGCAUUAUAUAAAAAGACUUUUGAUGUGUCAUCUGUACAAAAUAAAGCGUUGAUCAGAAAUCAAUUUGCCAAAUCAUCGCAUUGCCCCAUGAUAGAGAAAAAAUCCUCCUCCAAUCAAUUUCUCAAGUUUAAGAAAAAACAAUAUGAUGACGAUUUAGAUUCCGAAAAUAAUGUCGAAAAGACAGACGCAUCUGUGAUCGAUGAUAGUAUCGUGAGUUCUAUGAUUAAAGUAAGAAAUACUACUCCUUGCAUUCGUUGCGCAGAGAUUACAGAUAUGAUGUACAACAUGGAUGAGAUAUAUGAUGCACGAGCUAAUAUAAAACGAUUGAAGGAACUACUAGCCAGUAAAAGAGAAGAUUUCUUUUUUGGAAACGAUUCAAUGUUAUCUUCUUCAAUCACAAGUCCAAAAGCAACAAGCACAUUAAUCUCAGAAGGAAGAAGUCCCAACUGUAUAACAUGUAAACCAGCUAGUCAUACAACUGCUAUAGAACCUAAAUGUAAUAAGUCACCCAAUGAAUAUAAUGGGACUAUUCCAAAAUCGUCAUAUUCACAUCAACGAAAGACGCCAUAUCCGAGCAUGCCUGCGAGCAUUAAGCAUGCAAUAAUGCAACCUCGGGUUUUGCAUCCUGAUGCUAAAAGUUUCUACGAAUCGACAUUAUGGAGAAAAGAAAAAGAGAUUUGUUUAUCACGAAUGGCACGCGACAGUAAAGAGCAGACAGAAGAUUUAUCAUCGCUACAACAAUCAAGUUAUAAUGAUACUCCUAUCACUGACGAUGAUAAAGUACAAUAUUCCAAAACAGACUUGAUAAAUACUGAUGCUACAUAUACUAUUGAGUCUAAGGAAAAAGGUGAUUAUACCAAAGAUAAUAAAGAAUCAUCCUUAAAAGAUAUGAAAAAUGAUUAUGUAUCAACAAAGCUUUCACCUUUUUCAAAUAAAUCCAUACAAGAUUUGAAGGAUGCCCUUGAUCGUGCCACAGAAAUAGUACAUUCGGUAACACCACCAAAAAUUUGUAAUUCCAAGCUCGAUUGGGCUAAUACACAAGAACUCAAAACAAUAUUCAAAGAUCGGUAUGAAACAACAUAUGAUAACAAUCAAAAGAUCACAGUUACCGAAAGAUGGACGCCUGGCAACAGCAAUUUCGUAGGAGUAAAUGAAGUUAGAGACACAGAAAAUAAUAUUGAAGCCUCCAUAAGAUAUGAAGAAAUUUUCAAUCAAGCUUUCAUAAAUAGUGAAACAUCCAGUUCCGCAACCACAAAAACGUCAAGCGAAUCUCCAAUAUUAACGUCGAAGCAACAGUCGACCAUCUUGCAAAAAACAGAUCGAAAUAAUAUAGCCUUUACAAAUAAGAUUAUGUCAAAUUUGCAACAAAGCGGAGUAGAUUUUAAAACACAUGAGAUGGAAUGUGUCAAUGUAGAUACUAUCUCGAACAAUGUUGCAAUAAAAGAUUCACCAAGAAGACGUUCUCUACCCGCAAAAUUAAAUACUUUGACAAUAAUGUCCAUCCCAAAAAAUACUCACCAAAAAAAUAUGCCAGUCAGUCAAUAUUUAACCGAGGAUAUGUAUAUUGACGAUGAAUUCGGUAGUAGAUUAAAUUAUAAUCUAGUUCUUUUGGAUGAUGAGAUACAUUUAUUAAAUACUGCUUUAAGUGACAAUGAAAGUCUACCUCAGACUACAGAGUUAUAAAUUGUACUAGACUCAACUUGUUUAUUCAUUCGCACAUACAUUUAAAAAAUCGUCAUUCUUUUUAAAUAAUUUAUGUUUAUUUAUAUGCCAUUUUGAUAACAGCAUCAGGGCAAAUUUUUGUUUUAUACUGAUUUGACGAUAUAAUCUCAAUGCGAAGAAUUUAACACGAUUUACUUAUUUCUCAUCAUUUAUUUAUGUUUACAAGCGCAAGUAAUAUAAUGUUAUAAAAUGUUUUUAGAGAA